AUGAAUUACGGAGGAUACGGCAACGCAUACCCGCCUACAACAAUGUAUGGUCAGCAAAUGCUAACGAAUUAUCCCGCCAAUAACUAUUACGCUGGAGCAAUGAAUCCAUAUGCCGCAACUGGAGCAGGCUACUAUCCAAAUCAAGCAUACCUGGGUAAUCAAGGAUACUAUGGUUACGGUGCUGGCAGCGCUUAUGGCGCUUACGGUGGCUACGGCGGCUAUGGUGCAGGUGGAAUGGGAUACUAUCCUUACAAACAAAGUACGCUUCGAAACAUUUUCAAUCGAAUUCGUCACGGAUCGAGUUACGGCUACGGAUAUCCAAAUCAAAUGUUGGGCUAUGAGUAUGGAAGACAUCGAGGUAACUGGAUUGAUUAUCAAUAA